CCGUUGGAGGGGACGAGCCGCAGCACAGUCGAGCGGAGGUGGAGUCUCGCGGUGGGGAGGGAGAAGAAAGGGGAGAGAGGAGGAAAACGGGGACAGGCAGAUCCGAGAGAACCGGGGGGAGGACGGUGGAUGAUUUACGCCUUCAACGUUGCAUUAGAAGCGGGUAAACGGCGGCGGCGAAGAGGAGCAAAACAAGAUGAUAACGCCCUACUUUCUGGAGAGUUUCUGGGGGGAAAAGAACAAUGGCUUUGACGUGCUCUACCAUAACAUGAAGCAUGGCCAAAUCUCCUCCAAGGAGCUGACAGACUUCAUCAGAGAAAGGAGUACUAUUGAAGAGGCCUACGCCAGAUCAAUGACCAAACUUGCCAAGUCAGCUGGCAACUUUUCUCAGCUUGGGACAUUUGCUCCAGUGUGGGACGUGUUCAAGAGCUCGACAGAGAAGCUGGUCAGCUGUCACAUGGAGCUCGUGAGGAAACUGCAGGAACUCAUAAAAGAGGUUCAGAAGUACGUGGAGGAGCAGGCCAAAGCACACAAGAAGACAAAAGAAGAGGUGGCGUCUACCCUGGAGGCCGUCCAGAACAUCCAGACCAUAUCUCAGGCUCUGCAGAAGUCCAAGGAGAUCUACAACGCCAAAACUGUGGAGCAGGAGCGCCUCCGCAAAGAGGGGGCCACCCAGAGAGAUGUGGACAAGGCUGGAGUGAAAGCCAAAAAAGCCACAGAAACCUACAAAGCAUAUGUGGAGAAGUAUGCCACAGCCAAGUCAGAAUUUGAACAGAAGAUGACAGAAACUGCACAGAAAUUCCAAGACAUUGAAGAAAACCACAUUCUCCACAUGAAGGAGAUCAUUCAGUCAUACUCGCAGUCAGUCAACGAGACACACAUUCAAAUAGGAGAGCUCCACCACGAGUUUGUGAGGAACGUUGAAAACACCUCGGUGGAGAGCUUGAUACAGAAGCUGUCUGAGAGCAAAGGAACGGGAAAGGAGAGACCAGGGCCCAUUGAGUUUGAGGAGUGCAAUACAGCUAUCGCAACUGAAGGUGCUAAACCCAGAAAGCGAAAACCAUUCGGCAUCCGUAGGAAAGACAAGGACACAGACUCUACGGAGUCUACAGAAGUUGAAGCUGCUAACACUGCCAAUGGCGCUCCCCCCGGAUACUAUGGGGCCAUAGACAUCCAGAACGCUAAUGUUCCCCAAGUUGAUGCGGAGGGCUUCUGUAUCCGACCAGAAGGAAAUGAAAACGAUGCCAAAGAGAAUUCCUUCUAUUCGUCCAGCGACUCCGAGGACGAAGACGAACCCAGGAAGUUCCACGUCGAGAUCAAGCCCGUUCAGCCAAACAACGGCACGCACCAGAACCGAGCCACCAUCGACGAGCUCAAAGCCUCCAUUGGAAACAUCAUCCUGUCGCCCUCCACCUCGGGACAGAUGCGGAGGAACCAGUCCAGGACCACAGGAGUAUCUGCAUUAAGCCCUAAGGCUCAGGGUCGUGGCGAUGAGCUGGCGAAACCCCGAGUGCCAACAUCAUAUGAACUGACCAACAACGACCUUCUGUCUCUGGACCCGUUCAGCCCGACUCUAGCAGCAGGCUCCUCCUCCUCUGUGUCCUCCUCAGCAGACCUUGGCUCUGUUUUCCUUUCAAUCUCUCCAUCCCCAUCUUUUCUGAUGAAUGAUUCCGACGUCUUUCUGCCAGAGGCAUCAGUUGAGACGGUGCCACAACGGGAGCGCUCCCCUCCCCUGGCAGAGAGCCAGCAAUCCAAAGAUGUCUCCUCUUUCUCCUCAUCCACGUCCUCUCCGUGGGACUCGCCAGAAAACGCUUUCCAAGCAAGCAAACCCGCACCGGCGCGGGCCCAGAGCGCCCCCAUCACCCUGCCGACUGAGACGGUGGACCCCAUCAGAAGCCCGGCCGCCGCCAGCCCUCCAAAGAGCGUCGACGCCUUCUCCUCCGUGUCCUGGUCCCAGAGCCAGUGGAUCGCGUUCAGUGAUGGCUUCGCUCCGCCUCGCCGCCAGGGAUCAGGGCCGUGCGCGAAGGAGCUCCAGAGGCCUCAGCCAGGCUCUGGCAGGGCGAGCCGCUUCCUCUCUGAUGACUCUGCAGACACCUACUGCAAAGCACCGGGCAGCAGAGAGGACGGCAACUCCUGCUUCACGGAUGUCUUCACUGGGAUUACAGAUAGGGCGAUGGGUGCAUCUCCACCAAGCAAAGUAUUCAAUGUGCCAUUACCGAACCGGCCCACUACGCCGCUGACAGCUGGAGCCCUGGUGCCCCCACCACGACCCUCCUCCAGGCCCAAACUCCCCACUGGAAAACUCACAGGAAUCAAUGAGAUUGUACGGCCGUUCAGCCCACCCAAAACGUCCGACGCCAGUCCUCCACCUACUGCCCCACUCGCCCGGGCGGAGAGUUCCUCCUCCUUGUCCUCGAAUGCCUCUCUCAGCGCCGGCAACACCCCCACCGUUGCUCCUUGCUUCACUCCUCUCCGUACAGGAGCCGAGCACACCUUUGCUCACCCCCUCUCCUCCCCAGAGCCCGAGCUGCUCUUACUUUCUCCUUUUUUUCUACUAAGCCAAAAGGAUGAUGUGUUCAUAGCGAAGCUGCCUACCUUUGAGAAGCGCUGUGAAACACCAGCAGGGACGUCUCGCGGUCCCAGCCCUGUGACCCUGGCAUCCCAAGAUGCUUUGCCCAUUGCCGUGGCCUUCACAGAGUCGGUUAAUGCUUACUUCAAAGGGGCUGAUCCUUCUAAGUGCAUUGUGAAGAUCACGGGGGACAUGACGCUGUCGUUCCCCAUGGGCAUCAUCAAGGUGUUCACCUCCAACCCCUCCCCGGCCGUCCUCUCCUUCAAACUGAAGAACAUCAGCAGGCUGGAGCAGAUCCUACCCAACCAGCAGCUCUUAUACAGUGAUCCUUCCCAAAGUGACUCAAAUUCCAAGGACUUCUGGUUCAACAUGCAAGCGCUGACGUCCUACCUCAGAAAAGCCUCUGAUCAGAAUCCCUCAGCUUCCUACUACAAUGUGGACAUCCUAAAAUACCAGGUGUUGUCUGAUGGGAUCCAUUCCACGCCUCUAAACAUGGCUGUGUACUGGAAGUGUACAGACACUACAACAGACCUGAGGGUAGACUACCGCUACAACCCAGAUUCCAUGGCCUCUCCUGGGCAGCUCACCAACGUCCAGAUCUUAGUGCCUGUUGACGGAGGAGUCACCAACAUGCAGUCUCUGCCCAACUCCAUAUGGAAUUCCGAGCAAAAUAAGUGUUUGUGGAAGCUGACUGACAUCUCAGAAAGGUCUGAAAAUGAAGGUGCUGGAUCGCUGAGGGCCAAGUUCGAGCUGUCGAGCGGUCCGUCAAACCCCUCCACUAUGGCAGUGCAGUUUAUGAACGAGGGGAGCACCCUGUCCGGAGUGGACAUGGAGCUCCAGGGGCCUGGAUACAGACUUUCUCUCAGCAAGAAGAGAUUCGCCUCAGGACGUUAUAUGGCAGAUUGCUGAGGUGGCCCCCCCCGCUCUGGUUCACAUACAUACAUCUCUCUCUACACACAACUUGGCAACUUUAGCCUCCGAAACCUCUGGAUCCACCUGAGCACCACUGUGCUUUUUGCCCAGGCGGCAAGAAUCUCACUACAAUAAAACAGCACUGAGUAUUGAACACUGUCUAAAAAAAAAAGAAUAAAAGAAAACUAAGAUGAGCUUUCAGGAACUGUGUAGAUAUGAAGUGGAAUAAUGCUUUCUCAUCAGUUCACUUUUGUAUAGUCAGAAACGAUUUAUGGAUUAGAUAUAAAUCUAUAUUGUUUUUUGAAAUCAUAAAAAAAAAAAGAAAGAAAAAAGUGCACUAACAAUCUUUUUUUCCGCUUAUGUUUGUUCUUCUUUUCAAGAGCCUUUGAGGAAUUUAAAACAAAACCAUUUCUGUCUGGAAGAGAAGAGAAGAGAAGUCUCUCUUUUUCCUCUGAUCUUGUAAAUAUUAACGCUGAAUCUUCUGCUCCACCAGCUCUGGCUUAGUUCUCAAAUCACUUUUGUUUGCCGAUCGUUCUCUUCGCCUCCGCACAAGUAGUCUUUUCGUGUUUUGUUUCAUGUGCAAUGAAGCCAUGAAGGUAGAAUCUGUCUCACCCCUCUCUCACUUUCUCGUGGCACAAGCUUGAUCUUGAAACUAACUUUGAAGUGCUUUCAAACAAAAUGCAAAAAACUAAAUCUGACCUCAGUGCCUCGUCUUAUUCUGUGGAUCAGUAGGUAACAAAAGUGCUUCAAUGUUUUACCCAGAUCUGGGUUGUUCUAGAUUUAAGCUACAUUUCUCUGUGGUAACAUGCGUGGAGUUUUUUAAACAAUCACCCAUAAUGGGCUUUGUGAUCAGUGGGGUCUUUUUAAAAUUUAUAAUAUUUUUCCCCUUUUAAAUUCCCCUUUCAGUCACGACGUGUCUUUUUUUCUACAUUUGAACCCCAAAUUUCUAUUCUUCUCACCAAUCUUAAACAUUGUGUCAAAUUGUUAGGUACUUAAAAAAAAUUGCAAGGGCGUUACCCCAAAAAGUCGUAGCUUUUUCUAAACUGGCUGUGUUUUUUUAAAAUCAAACUUUUGUGCCCUAUCGUUGGAGAAAUGUGCCUGAAUCGAACUUGUUUUGUAAACUCCAGUACAGUUCAUGAGAACAGCACCGACGUUGUGCCAGUUGUGUUUUUUACAGCUCUAUUUGGAUACCGAAGGGAAAAUGUCGCCUCUUUUUACAAGCCAACAGUCUUCCAGAAAUUAGUUUGUCACGUUUGCCUUCUUGGAUUGAGUUUGAUCAUUGAACUCAUUUUUAGUUUUUAUAUCUCGUCUUCUUUUCUGUACUCGUCAGUCGACCUCAACCUGUCACAUACUCACUGAGCAUUAGUGAUGUUUGAGAACAGUAGCACAUUAAGGCCAAACUAACGAUUGAAAUGCCUUAAACCAACUGCUCUACUACACUGUGUAAUCCAGUGUGGUUACAUGCUGUGACACAGUGUUGCCAUUGCCCUGUAAUAGAUUACUGAUGGGUCCUGCCUCUCGCACAGUGCAUGCUGGGAUAAGCUUCAGCCUCUUGUACAGCAGGAGCGCGUGUAGAAAAAAGGAUGAGUGGAAAUGUGUCACGUUUGGAGGGCUCGCUGCUGCUGCUGCUGCUGCUGCUGCUGCUGCUGUUAGAGGCUGUUGUACUUCUAGAUGGAGUAUUUUACGUUAUGUUGUGUGUCGGACAUACUUUCGUUGACCUCAUCCCCGCGAUGAUCCUGAAAUUGGUUGGUGUGUCGGUAUGUGACUCAUCUGGAGAUGCAAUAAGUUGCGUGGAAGCUGUGAUUGAAUAUGGAUGAAACCUUGUGGGAGGCAGGAGUUUCAUACGCUGUGCAUCCUGUGGCCAACUGACCUCAAAUAAGAUUUUAGGAGACGACAGUUCAGACUCAUGUUUAAUCACUUUGUCAGUGCUAUAAAACUUUUUAACUGGUUUACAGCUGUUCUAAACUCAAACCCUCAUUUGAUUCAUUUAAUGUCUCACUUGGAAACUUCAGGAUUGAUCAUAUCUUGCCAGGGUGAUUAAAUCUAUUCAUAAAUUCAUAAUGUUUUUAAUGUUUUGUAUGAUUCUUUAGUAGCUGGAUUAAGACUCAAGCUUUUAAUAAUAUCUUAGAGCCGGACACCGUUGUUGUCUGUUGAACUUUUAAUCAGCCAAAUGUUUGAAAUGAAUGAGUUUAUAUGAAAUCCUAAAAUUGUAGCACCAGAAGUUUGUACAGCGAAAAAUCAACAUGUUGCUCUGUGAUCCCCCCGUAAUCGAUUCUGUCCAGGAUUUUUGGUCAGAUGAACCAAAUGCAUUAAAAAAAAUGGACUUCACAGAUUCUGUAGGUAUAUUCAGUAUUAGCAAGCUGGUUCUUGCUGUCCCCGCAACACUUUCUAAAUAACUUUUUGAAGGCUCAUUUCUAGGUCACUUUCAUUUUCUUUCUUUAUAUGUUCUAUGAAGAGCAACAUUUUGUAAAUGAUUCUCAUAAAUUGUACAUUUUUACCAAUAUCAGCCACUUUUUGUCUCUACUUUAUGAUUUCUCAUUGUGCCUGUAUUAAAUGUGUAAUAUAUGAAUAUAUACAAAUAUAUGAAAAUGACUACUUCAA